AUGGCAAAAGCAGUUCAAUCAGAGGAAAAAGGUUUGGUGCUGUACAGCAAGGAUUCAUGGAUCGAGUGGAAUCUGAACACUCACAGCACUAAAGAGGCCGUGAUCCACGCAGUGAAGAAUCUGCCCUAUAAAGGAGGACAAACACUCACAGGUCUGGCUCUGACAUAUAUUCUGGAGAACAGCUUCAAAGCUGAAUCUGGAUCCAGACCUGAUGUUCCUAAGAUUGUGAUUCUGAUCACGGAUGGGGAAUCACAGGACGAUGUUCUUUCUCCUGCUCAGAAACUCAGAGAUGCUGGGAUCGAGCUGUUUGCUAUCGGAGUGUUGAAUGCAGAUAAGAAGAAGCUGAGAGCCAUCGCGUCCCCACCGGAGGAGACACACGUGUAUUACAUGCGUGACGUCAGCUUGAUGUUAGACAUCAUGGAGAAACUCAGCAGGAGCGUCUGCGAGCGCGUCUCUGAACUCAACAGAGAGAUCAGCGGUGAAAAAGGGUCAGCCGCUCCCAGUGACCUUCUGACCUCUGAGUUCACGGCCAGGAGAUUCUGUGUUACUCGUCCAGCGGAUCUCUAACAGAGCACAAGUGACACAAAUGAAGAUGAUGAUGAUGGGC